AUGACCCUUAAAAGCUUUACAUGGAGAUCAUUUUUACCUUCUUGUUUGAACCCAGAAUGCCCUGUUUCCGACUCGAAAAGCCGAAUCUCGUACCAAAGCUCGACUUCAAGAAUCUCGCUUUCCGACAUAAGUGACCCGAGCUCGGUUUUUUGCGCGAGCGACUUGUCCAAUUCUAGGCUCGCUUCGAGUCUUCACAUAUUCACGCUCCUCGAGCUCAAGCUCAUGACAAACGACUUCUCGUCGUGCAAUUUUCUUGGCGAGGGCGGUUUCGGGCCGGUCUACAAAGGCUUUGCAGAUGAUAAGUGCCGGCCCGGUCUCAUGGCCCAGCCCGUGGCCGUCAAGCUGCUCGACUCAGGUGGCGAUCAGGGCCCGAGAGAAUGGCUGACUGAAAUAGUGUUGCUUGGGCAAUUGAGGCACCCAAAUCUUGUGAAGCUGAUUGGAUACUGUUGUGAGGAUGAGCACAGGCUUCUUGUUUAUGAGUAUAUAGCCAGGGGCAGUUUAGAGAAUCACUUAUUCAGAAGGUAUACAAGUUCAUUGCCAUGGCUGAUAAGGAUGAAGAUUGCAGUUGGUGCAGCAAAAUGCCUUGCUUUUCUUCAUGGACAAGAUAAGCCGGUUAUAUACCGCGAUCUCAAGACUUCUAACGUUCUACUCGACUCGGAUUAUAAUGCAAAGCUUUCUGAUUUCGGGUUGGCAAAAGAUGGCCCGGAGGGUGACGAUAGUCAUGUUUCGACCCGUGUUAUGGGCACGCAUGGCUAUGCGGCUCCCGAGUAUCUCAUGACAGGUCAUCUAACAACGCUGAACGACGUGUACAGCUUUGGAGUCGUUCUGUUGGAGUUACUCACCGGAAAACGGGCCUUGGACAAAACCCGUCCACCUAGAGAACAAAACCUAGUCGAGUGGGCCAAGCCUUAUUUGAAAGACCAUCACAAGCUCGACCGGCUAAUGGACUCACGGCUUGAAGGCCAGUACUCAACCGAGGGGGCCAAGAGAGCUGCCUCAAUAGCCCAUCAAUGCCUUAGCCACCACCCGAAAAACCGGCCCAGCAUGAAUCGUGUGCUCAAAGCCUUGCAGCCCGUUUUAGGCUAUACCGACAUCCCAGCUGGACCCUUUGUCUAUGUUGCACCGAAGGAAGAGAAAAUCAAUGAGAAAUCGAGUGGGGAUAAGGAAAAUGAGGAUAAGAAGGAUAUUGAAGGAGAAGAAGAUCGACAAGAGAAGAAACGGAGAGGUUACAGGCAUAAACAUCCGAUCAGGCCUCGUGCGGUUUAUUCGGAUACCGAAUUGUGUAAGACAUUGAGGGGUGAAAUGAAAUCUCAAAGAGAUAAAGGGAAGUGA